UCUGCUGCAGCCUUACUCUGACACAGCCGGCAUGACUGCAAACUGAGAGCUGCUCACACAAAGAGAUGCACGGUGCUUCAUUUUAGACGCAUAAACUGUACGUUUUUUAUUUCUUCCCAGCGCGGGGAGGAAGGAAGACGGCUGAUUUAAAGGAGGCGCAUCAAAAGCAGGUCUGUCUCUGAUAACGUCGUCGGCUGAGGGAGGAGAACACAGAACUGCUUCAUCAUGAAUUUUAUAAUGAAAGCUGCACUGGGAGGAGGCCCCCCUGAUGUUGGCAAGAUGCUGGGCGGGGAGGAGAAGGAGGAGGACCCUGAUGCAGCAAAGAAAGAGGAGGAGCGACAGGAGGCGCUGAGGCAGCAGGAGGAGGAGAGGAAGGCCAAAUAUGCCAAAAUGGAGGCUGAGAGGGAACAGAUGAGGCAAGGCAUCAGGGAUAAGUACGGGUUGAAGAAAAAAGAGGAAGCUGAGGCCGAGGCAGCGGCGGCUGCAGAGGAGCCGGCAGCCGGCAGCUUGACCCGACCCAAGAAGGCCGUGCCGGCCGGCUGUGGAGAUGAGGAGGAAGAGGAAAGCAUCAUGGACACAGUGAUGAAAUACCUGCCAGGCCCUCUGCAAGACAUGCUAAAGAAGUAGCUUAGCCAGCUAACUAGAGCUAACAUUAUCUGGCUGAAUUUGCAGGCUACAUUCACAAGGUUGGCUUGAAUCAGGUUUUUACUGUCAACGUAGAUUCAACAUAGAAUUUAGAGGAGUGUUUUGGUGUGAAAUCACAGUUUUGUAGUAGGGGAACUUCUCAAACGUGAACCAACAGUUAGACUAAACUGACUCAACAGCCAGGUGAAUGUUAGCUAGAUCGACGUUAGCAUCAGCCAUGUUAAAUUUCAAAGCUAACAGCAAGCGGAGGGCUAAAGUCACAUUUCAGAUGGUUUGUCCUUCUAGUCUGAGAAGUUUUGAACUUUUUUUUCUCCUCUGCGUUAGCUGCAGCUCAGAAAAAUCACCGUCCACCACCUUCCCUCAGUUUGUACAUAAGAAAACCCCAACGCAUACCCUUCGAGGUGGGCAAACAAUCAUAGAUAUCACAUGUAAAAGAAUAUAUCAGUGGCUACUAAAAAAAAAGAAAAUAAUAAAUAACUUGAUAAGCCAUAUUUUAAGAACAAUUUAAAGACAAAUGUUGUGUGUUCCUAAAGUUUCUGUUACGUGUGUUCUUGUCUGAUAUUUAUGUAAACCUUUUUGCACACAAGUGUUACACGUAAUCUGUAGAACCUUUCGUUGGUCUUUCAGGCGCACUCCCCUCGAAGCUCAACAUGUUACACGUUCAUGUCGUACGGUGUUCAGAAAUGUUUCGACUUCCUUGCCCAGUGUUACGUCUCGCAUGCCAUUUGUCUGGACGGUUUGUCGUGUGAAUAUGUAGUCAAAUCCACCUAGUUCCUGUCUAUCUCAUUUCUUGUCAUGCAAAAAAUAUCAAGGCAAUAACUUAAGUUUGACUGUGUUUACUUCCAUGUUGAUAUAACCGUUAAUAAUAAUAGUAUCAAUAGUUUAAAAAAAAACUAUAUGUAUGUUUUCAGGAAACUAAUUUUGAUUUGCUGGGUGUUUCUUCCUUUGUUUGUUUGUUUUUUUUUGUUUGUUUUUUGUGGAAGAAUGACUGCUGUAGCUGUUCUACACAACAGCAAAAACCUUAAGCUUUCAGCCAUAAGACCAGAAGUUACAGUAUCUAUACUACUACAAUCAGGAUCAAUGGGAAGGAAUACAUGAAAGUUGAAUGAGAUAGUAGUUUUUUUAUUAUUAUUAUGAUUAUAUAGAAGAGAACCCAACUUGUUGGAGAGAGGCCACUUUCCUUCAAUACACAAUCCCAGCCUACUGAUUUUGUUUUACAAAAAAAAAAAA